AUGUGCUUGGGAAACUUUGAAUGGUCACACCCGGUGCAAUUCUGUUCCCGAAUAUCUUGUGGAAGACCUGAAGAAGUAAAAAAUGCAGUAUACAACGUGACAGACUUUUUGUUUGGCUCUGAAGCAGUCUAUAAAUGUGAAACAGGAUACAAUAUGGUGUCGGAGAACAAUAUCAGAACAUGCUUGGAUAACAAAAAAUGGAGCGAUUCUGUCCCAGAAUGUGAAGUACAGACCUGCCGAUCACCUGAGGAUCUUGUAAAUGGAUCAUACAGCAUUAAAAAGGAAAGAUAUACUUACUUGGAUUCAGUGACUUACAAGUGUGAUAGCUUAACACUUGUUGGUGAAGCUUCAGUAUCUUGCACAGCUGAAGGAGACUGGACAUCUAGAGCUCCAGAAUGUAAAGCUGUCUGCAAGUCCCCUCCUGAACUUAAAUAUGGAGAGCUGGUAGAAACGUUUCCUAAAAAACAGUAUUUUAAUGUUGGUACAUCCUUGAAAUACAAGUGCCAACCAGGCUACAUCUUCACUGAAAAUACAAGCGAUGAAAUUACUUGUCUUCCUGACCUUAAAUGGUCAGAACCUGAAGUAUUUUGUAAACGCCUGUCAUGUGGCAAACCAGGAGACAUUACUCAUGGACAAAUGCAAUUUAAAGACUUUUUGUUUGAAUCAAGAGUAAACUAUACAUGUACACCAGGAUAUACUAUGAUUUCAAGAAGGAACUACAGGUACUGUCAAGCAGAUGGAACUUGGAAUGGUACAUCCCCAGUGUGUAAAGCAUCCAUAUGUGAUCACAUUUGGGAACUGCAAGAAGAAGCUAGAAAGUGCACAUCAACCCCAGAUGAGUGGAUCAAGUAUCUGCAGGUGCAGUACCUCUACCUCCAGAUAGAAAACCUAAAGCUGGAUAUCGACAUUAAGAAGAGGAAACUGAGUGCUGAUAAGACGCAAUAA